GAGAGAGAGAGAGAUUCCUAUAUGAUUAUCGUGCUGUUGUUGUUAUUCCAAUCGCUGUGCCUCUACUGCCAACGUCUGGUGUUGCACAUCCACGACAGAUGCUUUCCGCGGAACGCACGCCUGCUGCAGGAGGUCGCCGAAACUGUGGGCGAUCGUAAGGCCCACCAACACUUGGAGCAUCUGGAGCUGGAGCAGAUCAAGCGGAGGCAAAAGCGUCGCAUCUUGGAGCCGAUCCUGCCGCUGGGUGUGGGCGUUAAUCUGGAGGCGUGUCGCUUCUGUGCGCACAGUCCGCAAGGCUAUUGUCGCCAUCAUUUCCAUUUGCAGCUGCACACGAACGGUGGCGCCGAACAGGAUUACAAACAGUUGCGUCGCAAUCGACGCCAGCUCAAACGCAGCCUGGAACAGCAGCAGCAGCAGCAUCAUCAUCUCUUACCCAGAAGCACUUAUCCACUCAAUUAUAGCUAUCAGAGUCGGAGUACAAGUUCGUUGAGCAGCGGUUACGCUUCAUUGUCACCUUCGCAGGAGGAGCAACUGGAGGAGCAGCUGUUGGAGGAGGAGCAGUUGGAGGAGGAAGAGCAGCAGCAGCAGUCAGAGCAGUUAGAGGUGCAGCAGUGGGAGCAAGAAGAGGAACAACUGGAGCAGCAAUUGCAACCUGAGGAGCAGCACUUGAUAACAAGUCAUCUGUAG